ACCUGGUCAUCAAAGGUUUAUAUUCAUGAUGAUAGAGGAAGUUGUUGAUUGGUUUUAUCAAGAAAACCUAAUUUUAAGAGAAGGUGUCUUAUCAUGAGCAAACUUUUCUGGAUGAUUUAAUUUUUUCACAGUGGUAAAGCUAGAAAGAAAAUGAUUAUGCUGUUAUAAUUAACUUUUGAGGGUGCAUCAUCAAACUGGAUGCUCAUGUAUUCGAAAAGGAGGUACCGCUCUCUUAAAAAUAAUGUAGUUUAAGAUACUUACUGAUUCCUGAACGCCUGUAAGUAAUUGAUGGAAGAUGUAGUUAAUUAAGGAGAGGAGCUGGGUUCCUAGUUUUAAGCACUGUUAGUAGAAGGUUAUAUAUCAUGUGUAUUCAUUAGGUCAACUAUCUAGUAGUGUACUGGAUAUAGAAUAGUGAAACAAGCAAAGGACUAGUGACUAGCUUAUAGUCUCAUUGCUCACAUGCACGUGCAUGCAAAUCUGUGGUGACAAAGCUUAACCAGACAUGUUCAAUAGCAAGAAUGGAUGGAUGCUUGUGCCUUCAGAAGACUUUUGAUGGAUAGUAGUUUCUGAUGAGAGAUAGCUAGAAAGAGGGCCAAAGAAACUCUACAAGCAUCCAUGGACCAAUCACAACAAACCCGACAGCAACAGUCACAGCAGCAACCUGUAGUAGCUGGUGCAGGUCAGAUGGCCUAUGCUUCUACCCCCUACCAAACUGCUCCAUUGGUGGCUUCUGGGACUCCUUCCAUAGCCAUCCCCUCCUCAACUCAGUCUCCAGCCACUUUCUCUAAUUCACCACACCAACUUACGUACCAGCAGGCCCAACAUUUCCACCACCAACAGCAGCAGCAGCAGCAACAGCAGCUUCUGAUGUUUUGGACCAACCAAAUGCAGGAAAUUGAACAAACAACUGACUUCAAGAACCAUAGCCUUCCACUUGCUCGGAUUAAGAAGAUAAUGAAAGCUGAUGAAGAUGUUCGGAUGAUUUCAGCAGAGGCUCCUGUUAUUUUUGCUAAAGCGUGUGAAAUGUUCAUCUUGGAGCUCACCUUGCGCUCUUGGAUCCAUACUGAAGAGAACAAAAGGAGGACGCUACAGAAGAACGAUAUUGCAGCUGCAAUUUCCAGGACUGAUGUUUUUGAUUUCUUAGUUGAUAUUAUUCCAAGAGAUGAGUUGAAAGAGGAGGGUCUUGGGGUCACUAAGGCAACUAUUCCUGUUGGCCCUCCUGCUGAUCUUCCAUACUAUUAUGUUCCUCAGCAUCCUGUGGGACCUCCAGGGAUGAUCAUGGGAAAGCCAGUUGAUCAAGCAGCUGCCUAUGAAGCCCAGCAGCCACAACCUCCAGUGGCACUCAUGCCAUGGCUGCAGACUCAACCUCAACAGCAGCAAAGCGACACUUGAUGUGAGGAUGUGUGGCGGGAGUGUAGCAGCAGUCUGAUUGUCAGGGGAUUAUUUUAGCACUGUCUUUGCAUCUGUGGUGAAGGGUUUAGCUUAGCAUUAGUUAGUCUUUGUGAUACCAAAACUGAGUUGGAUAUGAUGGUCAAGAUGUGACAUUUGCUUGCUUGCACUCUUGUUUGAAAAAUCGUUAUGAUUCUUUGGUGGUUUAUGCUUGAAGAAAGGGAUGGUGAUACUGUUUUUAA